GUUGAUUCGAGACAUGUUGUUCUUCAUUGAUACAUUCGUUUUUGCCGCAGCCUUUCUCAUUAUCUCAACUUGUACAGCCUCGCCUGACAGGAGGUUUCAUGCAACGCCUGCACAGGUGACACCAAAUGUUCUUCCUACCAGAAUCGAAUUGCGUGAUGUUGCGACUACCACGGCUCCAAAUGAUGGUCUAGCGACAGAUAUUUGUGGUUGGGUAGGAGGCGACCCAGGACAACCGUGGGUCUGCGCAGUACCGGAAUUCACUUGUUUAGUCGAUCCGGGAGUAUCUGCCAUCGGAUGUUGUGCCGGUAAUGACUGUCCUUUAUUCAGGACGGCUUGCUUCCCUCUGACGGCGUCUUGUGGUUCGGCGUGUAAUUCAAAUGGAGCAAAUUUGGUCUGUAGCGAAACGGCAGCCCCUCUCUGUGCAACCUACUCCUACCCCAACUCGGUGACAGAAUUGCGAUGUGUAGCGUCUGCUCCUUCUCAGCUUCAAAUCGACUAUACAUAUACUGGAUUCACAGGGACAAUAAAUCUUCCUAGAGUACUUUCUGGUGUCGCAGGCACGACUGCGCCAGGAUCAUUUUCGGUGGUGAAUUAUGGUAUCCAAACGCCUUCAACGUCCUCAAGCCAGGCCACCAGCUCCUCUGCUUCCACUGGAAGCUCGUCCUCUUCUUCUACACCCGGAGCGCCACCACCCGCUUCAACAUCAGGAGCUUCUAGUCCAUCAAAGAGCAAUGCUGGUGCUAUAGCAGGAGGAGUAGUCGGAGGAAUCGCAGUACUAGCUGUUAUUGGCCUAUUAUUCUUCUACUACAGAAGAAGGUCCUACAAUAGAGACGUUCAAGAAAUGCCCGGAAUCAAUAUGACAAGAUAUAAUGCAGUACCACCUGCAUCUCCACCACUAGGCAAAGAUCCUAUCCAAGCUCCUCAAGCAGAAUUACAAGGACAGCCAAGAUAUCAUGACACCCAGCCUACAGAAAUGCAAGCAUAGCAAGGACCUU